AAGAUUUAAUUUAAAUAGAAAAUUACAGAAAAAAAAACGUCAUGGCAAUGCUGCGAGUGUUGCAUCGUGGCCCAAUCAUCAACCAUUUCUUGGCCGUUCAUGGCUAUCGUCGCUAUGCCAAGGACGUUAAGUUCGGCCCGGAGGUGCGCGCCAUGAUGCUGCAGGGUGUGGAUGUACUUGCCGAUGCCGUGGCCGUGACCAUGGGCCCCAAGGGACGCAACGUAAUCAUCGAACAGAGUUGGGGCUCGCCGAAGAUCACCAAGGACGGCGUCACCGUGGCCAAGUCCAUCUCCCUGAAGGACAAGUUCAUGAAUAUUGGCGCUAAGCUGGUGCAGGACGUCGCCAACAAUACAAAUGAGGAGGCUGGCGAUGGCACCACAACGGCCACAGUGCUGGCCCGUGCCAUUGCCAAGGAGGGCUUCGAGAAGAUCUCGCGCGGCGCCAAUCCCGUGGAGAUCCGUCGCGGCGUCAUGCUGGCCAUCGAAACGGUGAAGGAGAACCUCAAGAAGAUGUCCCGGCCGGUGAGCACACCCGAGGAGAUCUGCCAGGUGGCGACUAUCUCGGCGAAUGGCGACGAGUCGGUGGGCAAUCUCAUCAGCGAAGCCAUCAAGAAGGUUGGCCGUGACGGUGUCAUCACGGUAAAGGACGGCAAGACGCUCACCGAUGAGCUGGAGGUCAUCGAGGGCAUGAAAUUCGAUCGUGGCUACAUUUCCCCGUACUUUAUCAACUCCGCCAAGGGGGCGAAGGUGGAGUUCCAGGAUGCCCUCUUGGUGUUUUGCGAGAAGAAGAUAAAGACGACACAGAGCAUCCUGCCGGCUUUGGAGCUGGCCAACGCUCAGCGCAAGCCGCUCGUCAUCAUUGCCGAGGAUGUGGAGGGCGAGGCGCUCAGCACGAUGGUCCUCAAUCGGCUCAAGUGCGGCCUUCAGGUGUGCGCUGUCAAGGCGCCAGGUUUUGGCGAUAAUCGCAAGGAGACCAUCGAGGACAUGGCCAUUGCGACCGGCGGCAUUGUCUUCGGGGACGAGGCGAAUCUCGUGCGCCUCGAGGACAUCAAACUGAGCGACUUUGGACGUGUCGGCGAGAUUGUUGUCACCAAGGACGAUACGAUGCUGCUGAAGGGUCUGGGCCAGCGUCCCACGAUCGAUCGCCGCAUCGAGAACUUGCGCGAGGCCAUCCAGGACACCAAGUCCGAGUACGAGAAGGAGAAACUGCAGGAGCGUCUGGCGCGUCUCUCCUCGGGCGUGGCCCUGUUGCGUGUCGGCGGCUCGAGUGAUGUGGAAGUCAACGAGAAAAAGGAUCGCGUCAACGAUGCUCUCAAUGCCACACGCGCCGCUGUCGAGGAGGGCAUCGUCCCUGGCGGCGGCACCGCUCUCCUGCGCUGCAUCAGCCGCCUGAAUGACGUCAAGGGCGCCAACGAGGAUCAGAAUAUGGGCAUCGAAAUCAUUCGUCGUGCGCUGCGCAUGCCCUGCCUCACCAUAGCCAAGAAUGCGGGCGUCGAUGGCGCCAUGGUGGUGGCCAAGGUGGAGAUCCUUGACGGCGAUUAUGGCUACGAUGCGCUGAAGGGCGAGUAUGCCAACAUGAUUGAGCGUGGCAUCAUUGAUCCCACGAAGGUGGUGCGCACAGCCAUCACGGAUGCCGCUGGCGUGGCAUCGCUGCUGACCACCGCCGAGGCUGUCGUUACCGAACUGCCCCUGGAAGAGGCUGGAUCUGCUGCCAUGGGCGGUGGUAUGGGUGGCAUGGGCGGCAUGGGCGGCAUGGGCGGCCUCGGUGGCAUGAUGUAAGAUCACAUCACAGCACACUAAAAUACACUUAGAACAAAAAAAAAUACUACACUUAUGCAGAGCUGAUAUCUGCUUUGCACUACGGUCAACACUACACCACACAGUACGCUACACUCCACUACACUGUACACUACACUAGUACACUGUACACUGUACACUGUGCUACACUGUGCUGCAAAAAUCUGGAACGGAUCAAUGGUUAUUUUCCUCUGUACCCCACACAUACCUACCAUAUGCCCCACACACAUUGUGGCAUAUUUAAUUGGAUUAUUCGUCGCACAUCUUACACUAUGCUGCACACAUCACACAUUUAAUUGUUUUAUUCGUCCCACAUUUACACUGAAAUAUUCGUCGUUUUUUCGUGCUAUUAUAAAUGGAUUCUACAAGUAACACACUAAGCCUCAGAUGUUAGGCAGACUGAGACAAAAAAAAAACGCAAAACAAAAACAAAGCUUUGCUUUGGCCCAAUAAUCGAUUGUCCGAUUAAAACACAAACAUUGCCGCAAAUAUUCAGUGCCAGUACUGAGACUAAAAAUCUAUUUGAUGUUAAUGCCAAACACAACACACAGAAACAGUAGAAACAGUAGCAACAAUUGCUCAUAGAUAUUACGGCGCAGAGUCCCCUCCGUAAUAUUAUGGCGUCUCCCAAAUCUGCAAUUUGGUGAUUGAAAUGAAAACAAAAAAUGCAACUGCAACCACAACUUUAGCUCAAACAUAUUACGCCACUAAAAAUAAAACACAGCACACAUAAAUGUGCGUAGCUGUCUUAGCUUUAAUGUACAUAGAAAAAGCUGUUAAAUGUUCCCUAAAUAAAUGUAUUAUCAAUGCAAAA